CUCCGAAAGAUCCACUACAGCUUCAAUUCUCUUCUUUCCUUCUCUCCUCAUCUUCUUCAACACCACAACAAUGUUCUCACGAGCAUUGAGGACCAGCCGUGCGGCUCCAUUACGGAGUUCAGCAUUCUUAAGAUCUGCUCUCGUCAAGAGAACGGUUACUACAGAUGCUGCGAGCGCGCAUGCUGACAAAGUUCCAGAGGAAGAUGAUGCGGCAUUCCAGGUCCACCUCUCCGAUGAGAGCUUCGAGACCUACGAACUGGAUCCUCCUCCAUACACCCUCGAUACCACAAAGAAGGAAUUGAAGCAGAUGUAUUACGAUAUGGUAUCUGUCCGCCGCAUGGAAAUGGCAGCAGAUAGGCUCUACAAGGAAAAGAAGAUUCGAGGUUUCUGCCAUCUUUCAACUGGUCAAGAGGCUGUCGCUGUCGGGAUCGAACACUCCCUCACCAAGGAAGACGAUGUCAUUACCGCAUACCGAUGCCACGGUUUUGCUCUGAUGCGCGGCGCUACCGUCAAGAGCAUUAUCGGUGAAUUGUUAGGUCGCCGAGAGGGCAUUGCUUAUGGAAAGGGUGGAUCCAUGCAUAUGUUCGCCAAGGGAUUCUACGGUGGAAACGGUAUCGUCGGUGCUCAGGUUCCAGUCGGUGCUGGUUUGGCUUUCGCUCACCAGUAUCUUGGAAAGAAGAAUGCCAGUGUAGUUCUCUAUGGUGAUGGAGCUAGCAAUCAAGGACAGGUCUUUGAGGCUUUCAACAUGGCUAAACUCUGGAACUUACCUGUUAUGUUUGGUUGUGAAAACAACAAAUAUGGUAUGGGUACUGCAGCAAACCGAUCCUCCGCUCUCACCGAUUACUACAAGCGUGGACAAUACAUUCCAGGUCUUAAGGUCAAUGGUAUGGAUGUUCUCGCUGUCAAAGCAGCUGUCAAGUACGCUCGCGACUAUACCACCAGCGGCAAUGGUCCUCUCGUCCUUGAAUACGUGACUUACAGAUAUGGUGGUCACUCAAUGUCCGACCCCGGAACCACGUACCGUACCCGUGAAGAGAUUCAACGCAUGCGAUCCACUCAAGAUCCUAUCGCCGGUCUCAAGCAGAAGCUUUUGGAAUGGAAUGUCACCACCGAGGAUGAGCUCAAGCAAAUCGACAAGGAUGCCAGAUCUGAUGUCGACAAGGAGGUUGCUGAAGCGGAGAAGAUGGCCGCCCCGGAACCAACACCAAAGAUUCUCUUCGAGGAUAUCUAUGUCAGAGGGAGCGAGCCACAAUUCAUGAGAGGACGAACACCGGAUGAGAACUACUACUAUUGAGGGAGGAAGAUGUGUAUGACUGAAGCUGUACUAUAGUUUGCAGAUUUGGUGGAGAU